AUGGACGGGGAACCGUUCAUAGCAGACGUCAGGGUGAACGGCACAGACUUUGUGCCAUCUCUUGUCGACUAUGGCUGCCUCUGCUACGGCGCGGUUAGCAAGCGCACAUUUCACUCUCUCCAGUUGCCACAUAUACGCGUUCAGCCGCGCAUCUUGGAGAAUGCAGCGGGAGACGGCAAGGAGGUCAAAAUCGACAAGAUCACGUAUGUGUCGAUCGACCUCGAUGGACAUCAGCAGCAUCGUGUUUUCAUGUACGUCAUCGACGAUCUUAACUGGGACAUGAUCCUGGGUAAACGAUGGAUGGAAGACCAGGAUGUUCACAUCCACGCGAAGGAAGGAUAUCUCGAGAUCGGGUCCAGUGGAGUUCAAGUACGAGACCGACGACGUUACCAGCCUCCCCAGCUAGACGUCUCUAAUGUCAUGGCCGCAACCUUUUUAGCGGAAGCACGCCGUGACAAACGCAAAGGCGGCCUUGGAGUUCACUCGGUCACAAUGGCGGAUAUUGACAAGGCCCUAAGACCGAAACCGAAGACUGACGUAAUGGAGAAGCUGCCACCACAGUACCACAAGUGGUCUCGAGCUUUCUCUCAGCAACUGGCCGACCAGCUGCCCCCUCAUCGGCCAGGUGUGGACCUGAAGAUUGAAGUGCUGAAAGACGAGCAUGGCCGAGAGAAGCCCCUACCCUGGGGACCGCUUUACAGCAUGUCCCGCGAGGAGCUAUUGGUGCUACGAAAGACCCUCACAGAACUACUCGACAAGGGAUUUAUUAGAGUCAGCAGCUCGCCAGCCGCAGCACCAGUCCUUAUGAGGGACCGCUAUCCCUUGCCCUUACUGAGCGAGACCUUGCGAACGAUAGCCAAGGCAAGGUGGUUCACCAAGGUAGAUGUUAUAGCAGCGUUCCAUAAGAUCAGGGUCGCCCCCGGCGACGAAGAAAAGACAGCUUUCAGAACGCGCUAUGGAUCCUUCGAAUGGCUGGUAGUUCCAUUCGGCCUGACAGGCGCACCAGCAGCCUUUCAGCGGUACAUUAACAGCGUGCUCCAGGAUUACCUAGAUGAUUUUGUGUCAGCGUACAUCGACGACGUCCUGAUCUUCUCCUCUGGAAGCCUGCAAGACCACCGCGACAAAGUCGGCAAGGUCCUCCAACGACUGAUGGACGCUGGGCUGCAACUGGACAUCAACAAGAGCGAAUUCGAAGUCAAGGCUGUGAAAUACCUUGGGUUUAUCAUCGAGGCGGAGUGUGGGAUCCGAGUCGACCCAGAGAAGGUUGAGGCUGUGAAGGAAUGGACAACCCCGACGAAUGUUAAAUCCGUGAGGAGUUUUAUCGGAUUCGCGAACUUCUACAGGAUAUUUAUGCCAGACUUCUCGGUGAUAGCGGAGCCGCUAACGCGGCUAACGAAGAAGGACGUGCCAUUCCGUUGGGAUGGACUGUGCGAAGAAGCCUUCGAGAAGCUCAAGGACCUGUUGAUCACGGCCCCGAUCCUUGCGCACUUCCAUCCAGAAAGGAGACCAUCGUGGAAGCAGACGCUUCAGGAUUCGCCCGAAGCGAACUACGCUAUCCAUGACAAGGAGCUACUCGCCAUUCUCAGAUGUUUGGAGCAGUGGGAACCGGAGCUACGGGCAGUAGAGCACUUCAAGGUCCUAACGGACCACAAGAACCUGAGAUACUUCUACUCGGAAAGGAGGUUGACAGAGAGACAAGUGCGGUGGUCGGAGUUCCUGUCCAGGUUCCAGUUCGAGCUCGAAUGGAGGCCGGGCCGCAAGGGCGGAUUGCCUGACGCACUCUCGACGGGACCAGGACAUGCCGGCCAACUACUCCGAUGA